AUGUACUGGUCUCCCCGCACACGCCUCUCCUGCAGCCUCAUCCUCUCCAUCUCCCUCCUCUCCACCACCGUCCUCGCACACACGACACCUGCACGCCGGCAGAACAACGGCUACGACACCGACGUUGUCUGGAUCGACCCGCAAGCCUCCGACCACGACUACAACUUCCAGCGUUUCGUCACCCGCCCCGACAUCCAGGCCCCGCGCUGGGACUUCACCGUUUACGAUGAAGACGCGGUAGCCCCAGGCUACUGGUUCGUUGCCCCAUACACCGAAGUCAUCCAGAGGACAAGAGGGGGCGAAUGGGUUGGCCCGCAGAUCUUCGACCACCAUGGCGAGCUGGUGUGGAGCGGUGUGCCUCUCUUCACCGGCUUCGGCGUCUUCGACUUCCGCGUGCAGCAGUAUAUGGGAGAGGACGUGUUGACGCUGGUGUAUCGCCAUGAGAAUGCCACGAUUCUCAACAACCGCUAUGAGAUCGUCAAGAAGCUGUAUGUCAAUGAGACGGGGUAUGAGAUGAACAUGCACGACUUCAACAUCAUUGACCACGGGACGAGCGCGCUGCUGCUGAAGACCAUUUCAAAGAAGUACGAUCACAAUCAGACGGUUGAAAUGAUGCACGAGGCGGAACUCGAGGGCUUUGAGGAACUCGAGCAAUGUGAAUUAAGACAUUACGGGUUUGAAGAGCUCUCUCUGGACACCAUGGAGCCUGUCUUCUCGUGGAUGUCCGAGGGCCUGGUGUCUUUGAAUGAGACGAGGUACAAUAAUGAUGAACCAGGCCCGCUGUGCAAUAACUGGGAUUACAUCCAUCUAAACUCGAUCGAUAAAUUCCCCAAUGGCGACUACCUCAUCAGUGCCCGGCAUACGGACACCCUCUACCGCAUCUCCGGCAGGGAUGGCUCUAUCGUCUGGCGCUUCGGUGGCAACUACAACGACUUCUUCUGGCACGGCCGCUUCACCGGCCAACACGACGCACGCAUUCGUUUCACCAACGACACCCACACCAUCGUCUCUUUCCUCGACAACGCAAACCGGCCGAACGCGGGCGGAAUGACGACAACCAGCGACCGUUCGCGUGGCAUGCUCGUCAUGCUCGAGACCAUCAACAUGACGGCACAUACCGUGGAGCGCUACGAGCAACCGCACUCCUUACUGGCCGACGGACGAGGGAGUUACCAGGUCCUGCCGGAUGGAAAUACCCUCGUCGGCUGGACGAAGCAAGCCGCCUUCACCGAAUAUGGACCCGUAAAGGAUGGCGAGAUGGAAGGGCCAAUCGUGCUCGACGCUACUUUACGCCCGGAUUUGAAAUCGUACCGUAACUACAAGUUCGACUGGGUAGGCCAUCCCUCCGAACCGCCCGUUGUGCGAUCCAUCGUCUUUGCCAAGGAGAACGAUAACACGUACCGUACCAAUCUGUACGUCAGCUGGAACGGCGCGACGGAGGUGAAGACGUGGAAAUUCUACAGCGUGGACGACCAUCAGCGACGAAUGCUAGUCGCUUCGACGCCGCGGAAGGGCUUUGAGACGGUUUACGAGCAUGAUGGGCUUGUUGCGCGCGUUGUUGCGGUGGCUGUUGAUGGCAGGGGGAAAGUGCUGGGGGAGUCGAAGGCUUUUCAGUCGAUUGCGCCGCCUUCGGUUACGGAGCAUACGAGUCCGGAUCAGGUGGAGUGGAUUGAGAAACACCUUGCCAUCGCCCCCCCUGAGGAAGAGCUUCCUGAGGAGGAGCCUGUUGAAGACGACCAGGCACUUGAAGACGACCAGGCACUUGAAGACGACCAAGCACUCGAAGGAGAUCUAUUAUUCGAAGGAGAUCUAUCAUUCGAAGAGGAGCAGCCCGUUGACAAAGACGGACCCCUCGAAGAAGAUCAAUCCCCCGAAGACGAUCAACCUCCCACAAAGCACCAUCUCUACACCAGCAUCACCUCGAAGCCCCUCCUCAGCUUCCUUGCCGGCCUCGUGUGCACCCCGGCGGCCUUCCUGCUCGCUUUCGGCUUCUGGAUCGGGUUCUGGAGAUGUGCGCCCUGGAGGUCGAAGCCUCGCGCGUGGUGGAAGCAGCGGUCUCCGCGGUACGCCCAGCUGGCAGGCGGUAGGAGCACUCGCAGUGAAGAGCUUGAUGCUUUUGAACUCGAGGAUGAUGAAGGAGGACUGUCUGAUGGCGAUGAGGAGGAGGGAAAGGAGGGGUCGAAGAGCAGUGGCGGGACGGAGUAG